AUGCGUUCACUUAGCCGCACGGCGCGUGGGGUUUCACUGCAUGGAAAAUCAUCAACACCCGCCCUGUUAGUCUUGGACGACUAUCUUCGUAUCUCAGCGAAACAUUUCGAGCACUUGCAGCCUCCAAAACUGCAAGUUGAAGUCUUUGAUACCUAUAUCCCUCAGCGAACUGUUGAAGAAAAACGCAGCUUGGUUGAGAAGCUCUACCCAUACGACAUCAUCUCUACCAUGCGUGAGCGAACUCCAUUCCCUGGGGAGCUACUGCGCCAACUUCCCAAUUUGAAGUUACUCUUAUGUACCGGUACUCAAUUUGAGACCUUUGAUCUAGAGACUGCUAAGGAUCUGGGGAUCACAGUUGCUUCAGCGCUAGGUCGCGGGCGGAGUGAUGGAGCACAGCAUAAGCAGGACAUCCGUAAAGGAGGAAGUCAUCCUGCAACGCACCAUACAUGGGCUAUGAUCCUUGCUCUAGCGAGAAAUAUUGCAGCAGAUGAUGCCUCCGUCAAAGCUGGCGGAUGGCAAUCAGACAUGGCUGUUGGUCUAUCCGGAAAGACGUUGGGGGUUGUUGGUCUGGGAAGGUUGGGAGCAGCAGUCGCGAGAAUCGGGUCUUUGGCUUUCGGCAUGAAGAUCAAGUGCUGGAGCAGCAGUUUGGACCAAGCAAGGGCUGAUGAGAUGGCUGUCAAGCUUGGUCUGCCUAUUGUGGACGAAGAUGGUGACAAGACCUUUGAAGCAGUGAGCAAGGCAGAACUCUUCGAAACUGCUGAUGUAGUCACUCUGCACUAUGUUUUGAGUGAACGAUCCCGCGGUAUUGUUAGCGCUAAAGAACUUGCCGCGAUGAAGAAGUCGGCGUUGCUGGUGAAUACAUCCCGUGGCGCACUCAUUGAUGAGGCGGCAUUGUUGGAGGCAGCGAAUGAGGGCUCUAUUCGCGGCGUUGCACUGGAUGUCUUUGAGCCUGAGCCUCUGCCUGCGGAUAGUCCAUGGCGGUCUCAAGACUGGGGAAAGGGUAAGAAGAGUCGUGUUCUGGUGACACCGCAUAUGGGAUAUGUUGAGGAGGGUAUCAUGAACAACUGGUAUGCUGAACAGGCUGAGAAUGCUGAGAGAUGGUUGGACGGAAAGGAUGUUCUUCAUCAAUUGGUUUGAGGCAGUAAUAUCGUCUCUUCAGUAUAAAUGCAGAUUGUAUAACUAAA